AUGGCGGUGCAAUCUAAACUUGUUCUUCCUGAUCGGUCGAUUAAGAGUGCUGUUGCGCAUUUGACGACGUUAUACGUCGAUAAUCGAACCCGAAUUUCACGCGCCGUCUACCUUACUCUCCUCGUCGCACUCGUCAACCGCGUCCGACAUGCCAUUUCCGAGCAGAAAGCUGCGUCCGCACGCGAAGCGGCUAAGCGACGAUCGGGUACGACCUCGAGCGACGGUGUCGAUACGACGAAGAAGAAAAAGGUCGAGCUGAACCGCGAGUUCUUUAAGUCCCUAUUAAAAUUACUGAAAAUAGUCGUUCCUGGCGCACGAAGCAAGGAGACUCGGCUUCUCAUUAGCCACAGUUUCUUCUUAGUAGUACGGACGCUUAUCAGUUUAAAAGUUGCCGAGAUGGAUGGCGCGAUCGUAAAGGCACUUGUAAAAGGAAGCGGUAAGGAGUUUCUCACGAGAAUUGUGUGGUGGAUGUUGAUUGCUGUUCCUGCGACAUUCACAAAUUCCAUGCUGUCGUACCACCAAGCCGAGUUAUCUCUUAGAUAUCGAACACGAUUAACCCAGUAUAUCCACGACAAAUACCUUUCCCAGCUCACGUUCUACGGGAUCUCCGCACUAGAUGAUCGGAUAAAAAACCCAGAUCAGCUUAUAGCGGUUGAUGUUGCCAAAUUUUCUAACAGUCUGGCUGAACUGUAUAGUAACCUGGCAAAACCAAUCUUGGAUAUGACUAUUUACACUUGGUCGUUAUCAAAGAGUGUUGGCGGCGAAGGUGUUAUGUUUAUGUCCUUAUUGGUCCAGCUCUCAGCUGGUGUCAUGCGCGCUUUAACACCUCCCUUUGGGAAAUACGUUGCGGACGAAGCACGGCUUGAAGGCGAAUUCCGGUUCCAACAUUCGAGACUCAUCGAUCACGGUGAAGAGGUGGCACUCUACCACGGCCACGAAGCAGAAAAGGAUACUCUCGACAAGGGAUAUUUUACGCUUAUUAAACACGUCAACUACAUAUUACGCCGGCGAUUUUACCACGGCGUAAUGGAGGAUUUUGUCAUCAAAUAUUUUUGGGGUGCUCUAGGUCUCCUACUCUGCAGCGUACCCGUUUUCUUCAAACUACCCGGACAGCUAGCCGGCACUUCUAGCAUGGGCGACCGAACAGAGUCAUUCGUAACCAACAGGCGGAUGUUGCUCAGCGCAUCGGAUGCUUUUGGACGGAUAAUGUUCUCCUACCGCGAAAUCAUGGAGUUAGCUGGUUACACGUCACGUGUUGCAUCGUUAUUGGACGUUAUGGAUGAUAUCCAAGCCGGUCACUUCGAGAAGAAGCUAGUAUCUAGCUCGGGUACUGAGGAUAACGCAGCAGUGUUGAAGGGUAGGGGAAAAGUAGUCGAGAGCAAGAAUAUCGAAUUCAUCGACGUGCCGAUUAUCUCCCCUAAUGGAGACGUUCUCGUAAGGGCGUUAUCAUUUUCGCUUAAGCAAGGUGAUCAUCUUCUUGUCGUUGGUCCAAACGGUUGCGGGAAAUCAAGUCUGUUCCGAAUUCUAGGAGGCCUCUGGCCUGUGUAUGGUGGCACUGUCUACAAGCCGCCUUUCACGGAUAUUUUUUACAUUCCACAACGGCCAUACCUAUCGCGGGGAAGCCUCCGCCAACAAAUCACAUACCCGGAUAGUCUACGAAGUGUUCGUGCGCGCGGGGUCACUGACGCCCAAUUACUAGAUAUUCUCAAGAUUCUCUCCCUCGAGCAUCUUGUAGAUCUUUACCCCGAGGGCUGGGAUGCAGAAGCAGAGUGGCGCGACGUACUCUCAGGUGGUCUGCAGCAGCGUGUGGCCAUGGCCCGUCUCUUCUAUCACAAACCGCGGUACGCGAUCCUAGACGAAUGCACGAGCAGUGUGACGCUCGAGACCGAGAAAGUCAUGUACGAUAAUGCGAAGGCUUUAGGAAUUACAUUAAUGACGGUUAGCCACCGGCGAAGCCUGUGGAAGUAUCACAGCAGGAUCUUGCAGUUCGACGGACAAGGUCACUAUGUGUUCACGAAACUCGACGCCGAGAGGAGAUUGAAGCUCGAGGAUGAAAAAGAGGACCUGGAAGUAUUACUCAGACAAGUGCCGGAAAUUGAGAGGAGGAUUGGCGAAUUGACCGCCGAAUAA